AGACAUAAUUGUAUCACUUGAACAUCUACUACCCCAAACAGCUACAUCUAUCUUUAUACUACGACCAGAAAUACGCCUCACACAUUCCUACAAUCAUCUACUACUACAACAUCCCACUUCCUUAAACACAGCAAUGGCCUCACAAGACACCGUUCUCCAAACCAACGCCCAAUCAGCGCGGGAAUACAUCCUCUCUCAACCCAGCGAUGCCCUAUCCAACAACCCCUGGGCCGUCUACCAGGCCCUGGACCUCUACAGCCGCACAGCGCGUCUCAUGAACUUCAAACAAGCCAAGCUCAACGUCGCCAAAGAAGCCCUCACAGCCAUGGAAACCCCACCAAAGGUGGUCAUCGAAUUCGGCACCUACAUCGGGUGCUCCGCCAUCGCAUGGGCCGCCAUUCUCCGCGACCUGCACGGUCCCUUCGCCGAGGGUCUGCACAUCUACACAUUCGAGGUCAGCGAGACGGUGGCCGACGUAGCGAGGGACUUGAUCCGCGUGGCGGGCGUUGAGGACAUCGUGCAUGUGAUGGUGGGGCCUGCGUCGGAGUCAUUGGCGAAGUUGGUUGAGGAAGGGAAGAUCGUGAAGGGAGGAGUCGAUAUGGCUUUCUUUGACCAUUGGGAGAAGUUUUAUCUGAGUGAUCUGAAGCUCUGUGAGGAUCUGGGCCUCUUUAGGGUCGGGUCGAGUGUUAUUGCUGAUAAUACUGAUAUUCCGGGGGCACCGGAUUAUUUGGAGUAUUUGAGGGCUGGGGGCCGUGGGGGUGAGGGGUCCGUGAAGUAUGUGACGAAGUCGGUGCAGUCGGAGCAUAUUGUUGAGAGGAGACCGAAUAUAGUGGAGGUGUCUACUGUUGUGGCGGCUCCUUGAGGGGUCUUAGUCUGACUCUGGAGAGAGGAUGAAAUAUUGGAUAUGAUGUUAACGGACUCUAAGAUUUAGUGUAUGACAGUUUUUGUAUGCUGCGUUGUUUUUGAAGCUUGAUAUCAUUCCUUGAAAUAGCAGG